AAAAGAAAAAUAAAGAAAAGGAGCGUGGCAACGAGAAAUCUAACUAUAGUAUGUAAAAACAAAUAAUCAUCUCCAUUAAAUUUUUAUAUGAAUAUAAAAACAAAAGCAUUUUAUCAACACAAAUCUAUUAGUGUGAUGAAAUACUCUUAUGAUAAAAAUAUUUCCAUUAUUUUUAUAAAUUAAAUUUUAAUUGAUAGGUAACAUAUAAAAUUUAUUCCUUUCCUUUUACCUAUAAAACUGUAUAAGUAAAAAUGACGUGUUACUUUUUUUAGUAAUUCAAAGGAAGAAAAAAAAACUGAUGGAUGUCAUAUGAUGUAAAAUAUUAAAAUCAACGUUUUUUUUCAACUUACACAUGGUUAUUUUUUUUACUUCUUUUGUACAAGUUGUUAUUGCAGUUUCAAAAGAGUAAAAUAUAUAAUUCACUCAUAUCAUUUAAAUUUAUUAUCCUAAUGUAGGAUUUGUGAGCUGGAAAAUAGUCUUGUAUCGAAUGUUUAUGAAAGUAUUUAUAAUCUAUAUAGAAUCUAAAGCUUUUGAUGCGUAGUUACUGAAGUCUGUAAUAGAGUUAGAGGGGGGGGGGGCGGCUCUCUGUAAUGUUCUCUUUCUUCGUUGCUAGGUAUCUGUAAUGGGGAAAGAGAAGCCACUAAAACUUGAACUAACUAUUUUCUUCGAAAAUAUAUGUGAGUUUCACAAAGAAACAUACUUGACAAGAUUCUCUGAUGAAGAUCUCAGAAGAAGAGAUGUCAUAGAAGAUCGAAAUCUUCGAAAUUGUAAACAGGACGAAAAAAAAAACUGCUAUUGUUCAAUAUUUUGUGGAAGAUCAUAUUCGUCUUAUCGAUAAUAGAUAUUUGCGAUUUUCGUUCUUUUGAAACUAGGGAUGUCAAUUUAUAUUUACUUUUCAUUUAAUGUACACAUAAAUGAAAUAAAAGGUAAAUAUAAAUUGACAUCUAAAUACCAAUACAAGUAAACUAUAGAUGGUGAAAGUUUAGUAAAGUAGUCAUAAAUUAUUUUCAAGACCUUACAUUUGACUUUUGCUUUUUGAGAUGCAUUUGAAAUGAAAGUAUCAGCUGAAAAUAACUAAUUCAUGUGACUAUCGAAUACAAUUUUGUCAUUUAUUGUUCGAAUAUUCGUUAUAAGUCGUAUUAGAACUAUUGAUGGUCGAAGUUAUAGAAAGCUAAAAAAAGAAAAUGAAGUAAUUAACGGAACAUAUGAUUAAUCGUUACCAAGGGGAAAACAGCAGAGACUUCAGUCGUGAAGUCCCAUGAAAUCUUGAAAGUCUUUCGAAGUCUUCUGAAGUCUCUUUGAAGUCUUAUGAAUUCUCAUGAAUUCUCAUAAAGUCUCUUGAAGUCUCUGAAGUCUCAUAAAGUCUUCUGAAGUCUCAUAAAGUCUAAUGAAGUCUCAUAAAGUCUAAUGAAGUCUCAUGAAGUCUCAUGAAGUCUAAUGAAGUCUCAUGAAGUCUAAUGAAGUCUCAUGAAGUCUCUUGAAGUCUCUUGAAUUCUAAUGCAGUAUCAUGAAGUCUUAUGAAGUCUCCUGAAGUCUCCUGAAGUCUCUUGAAGUCUCUUGAAGUCUCUUGAAGUCUUUUGAAGUCUUUUGAAGUCUCAUGGAAGUUUUGAAAUACAUUUAGUGCAUGAAAAUUCAUAAAAAAGCAAUGAAAUUGUCUUAUUUUCGACGGUCUUAUUUUAGCAGAAAGGUGAACUUUUUAUUGUUUGUUUGUCAAGGUACUGGAAAAAAAUUCAAGUUUGUUGGAUCUUAGAAAACAUGAUAGUUAAGAACUGAAUGCUUUGUGAAUGAAGUGGUUUAUUUUUAUAAGAAAUGUUUCAUUUAUUCGAUGUCAAUCUUAUGAAGAAUUUUAUUCCUUUUUGUUUAUUUCUAUCACUCGUGAUAAUCUAUCAGCCGAUAAACGGCUAGCUUCGUCGGUCAAUAACCAACAAGUCGUUUGCUUGUGUAUAAAUUUAGUCUUGUUAUUUAUUUGCACCUGAAAAUAGGAGUUUUCCAAUGCUGGAUUAAUCGAAUCAAACAUACGCAUACCAGUAAAGUUUAUUUUCUCUGUUUUAAUUUCAUCAACGCUUUGUGUCAUUGUCACAUCUUUAUUCUAGAUAUGGAUAUACUGCGAGAAACAAUUCUCAGAAACAAGAAACACUUUUGUAAUCUCUAUAUGAUAAGUUUUGUUUUUUGCAUGUUAUAGAAAUCUCAUGUAAUUUCUAUAAGGUUUUUUGAUACGCAUGGAAUCUGCCUCUUGAAGUCCUGUGAAGUCUUGUGAAGUCUUGUGAAGUCUCAUGAAGUCUCAUGAAGUCUCAUGAAGUCUAAUGAAGUCUCAUGAAGUCUCUUGAAUUCUAAUGAAGUCUCAUGAAGUCUCAUGAAGUCUCUUGAAGUUUCUUGAAGUCUCUUGAAGUCUCUUGAAGUCUCAUGAAGUCUCAUGAAGUCUCUUGAAAUCUCAUGAAGUCUCUUGAAGUUUUAUGAAGUCUUGUGAAGUCUUAUGAAGUCUUAUAAAGUCUCAAGAAGUCCUACAAAGUCUCUGAAGUCUCAUGAAAUCCGUAAAGUCUCAUGAAGUCCGUGAAGUCUCACGAAGUCUGUGAAGUCUAACGAAGUCUUUUGAAGUCCCAUGAAGUCUCAUGAAGUCUUAUGAAGUCAUACGAAGUCUUAUAAAGUCUUGUGAAGUCAUUUGGAGUCCUAUGAAGUCUUCAGAACUCUUUAGAACUCUUUUGAAGUCUUGUGAAAAUAUGAAGUCACUGCGGUUGAAGUCUGUUGAAGUCUUUUGAAGUCUUGAAGUCUUGAAGUCCGCUGUUUCCCCCUUGAUCGUUACUCCAUAUUUUAUGUCCGACAGAUCCAUUGUGUUUUGUAAAAAUCAGUUCAUAAUUUAGAUAAUAAUUUUACGCAUAGUUCUAUAUCCUAUUAGUAUUUGUUUUUUUUUGUUUCUAGAAAGAACUUGAUUUACAAGGAGAAAGUUUACUUCAGUUCUAUACAACUAAUUGGGAACAUUAUCGAUUUUCAAGUAAAGUAACAAAUCAUUUUUGUAGCUUUCUAAAUCGACAUUGGGUGCGACAACAAUAUGAUUCAGGAAGAAGAGAUGUUUAUGAAAUUUUUACUAUGGCUAUGAAAAUAUGGCAUUUAGUCUUUUUGCAACCAUUGAAUGAACGAAUUACUAAAGCAUGCCUUCAAUUAAUCAAAUCUGAACGUGAAAAUAAUCUAUUUGAUACUCAAUGGAUCAAAAAAGUCAUAGAAAGUUAUGUUGAACUUGGUUUUAUCGAGAGCUCAUCUGUACCAAAUAAUAGUCAUCAAAGAACAUCUGAAGCAUUGACGAUUUAUAAACAUUAUUUUGAAGACCCAUUUCUUCAAGAAACUGAACGAUUUUAUCGACUCAAAGCUGAUACUUUUGUUGAUAAUUCUAUUAUUGAAUAUUUAAAAAAGGUAGCUCAGCUUUGUGAUGAAGAAGUACAUCGUGUACAUUCAUAUUUACAUCCAUCAACAUUAGAACCAUUAAUUAAAAAAUUUGGAGGAGUAUUUAUUUGUGAUCAACUUGAAGCAAUAUAUGCUGAAGCCAAAUUAUUAUUAUUAGAUGCCGAAAAAUAUUCAGAUUUGGCAUUAUUAUUCAAAGUAGUUAGUCGAGUACCGAAUGCAACUAUUCAAUUACAAAAAAUUGUUGAAGAUCAUAUUCGUCAAAGAGGUAUUGAUGCUAUUGAACGUAUCCAUGGUGCUGCAAUUAAUGAUCCAGAACUUUAUGUUGAAACUAUUCUUGAAGUUCAUACCAAGUUUUCUAAACUUGCGCAAGAAAUUUUUAUUCGUGAACAAGGUUUUACAACUGCUCUCAAUAAUGCUUGUUGUAAAUUUAUUAAUAAUAAUGCAGUAACAAGAGCUGCUGGUAAUACAACAAAAUCUUCUGAAUUAUUAGCGGGUUAUUGUGAUGCACUUUUACGAAAAGGAAGUAAAGCUGUAGAAGAAACAGAUCUGGAAGAAACAUUCAAUCAGAUCAUAGUGGUAUUCAAUUAUAUUGAAGAUAAAGAUGCUUUUGAAAAAUUUUACAAAAAAUUGUUAGCGAAACGUUUAUUUGGUCAGUUAAGUGCAUCUGAUGAUUAUGAAAAAUCAAUGAUUUCUAAACUAAAACAAGCAUAUGGUUUUGUAUAUACAUCAAAAUUACGACGAAUGUUUCAAGAUAUUACUGAUAGUAAAAAUUUAAUUGAUCAAUAUCGAACAUAUUGUGAAAAAAAUAAACUUGAUAAUAUUGUUGAUUUUUCUGUAAGGAUUCUCAGUUCAAAUUCAUGGUCAUUUUCUGCACCACCAAAUUUUGUUCUACCAGUUGAAGUAUCAACAUAUCAAAUGGUAGUUUUACUUUUAUUUAAUAAAUUCCCAAGUUGGACAGUUAAAAGAAUGCAAGAUGAAACUCAAAUCAAAGUUGAUUUAUUUUUACAAGUUCUUUGUGGUUUAUUGAAAAAUAAAUUACUAAAAUGUGCAGAAAUUAAUGAUGAUGAUCGUAAAGAUUUGAAAGAGACUGAUAUUAAAAUGAAUUAUAAUAUUGAAAUAGCUGUUAAUUAUAAAAGUGAAAAAAUAAAAAUAAAUUUAAAUGUACCAUUGAAGUUAGUCGAAAAAAAAGAUAUCGAAGGUGUACAUCGAACAAUUGAUGAUGAUCGAAAAAUGGUUAUUCAAGCUGCCAUUGUUCGAACAAUGAAAGCUCGACAAAAUUUAAAACAUGAAUUAUUAAUGCAAGAAGUAAUUCAACAAUUAAGUUCACGUUUUAAACCAGAAAUACCUAUGAUUGAAGAAUGUAUUGAUAGAUUAAUUGAAAAAGAAUAUCUUGAACGUCAAUCAAAUGAAAAAGAUGUGCUACGUUAUUUGGCUUAA